AUGAUAUCUAGCAUUAGCGGCUUCCUUAGCCUUAACCAUCUCGACAUGACGAGCGGUGCCAACGACGUCAUUGUCGUGCGUCACUCUAAUGGCCGGCUCUUCAGCACACCGUUUAAUGUACGCUUUGGCAAGGUGAAGGUCCUGCGUCCCAGCGACAAGGUGGUACAGGUGGAGGUGAAUGGCAAGCCUACAUCGGCUGUGAUGAAGAUGGGUUCGGAUGGCGAGGCCUUUUGGCUGAAGCCGACACCUUGGUCAGAGUAUGUCAGUGGAAGGCCAGAGUCCCCUAUUGCCACCGCCACAGCGUACAUGAAUGGCGGUUCCAGCAGUCACGGUAACUCCGGCAGCAGGAGUCCUAACCGGAACGUGGAGAAUUUGCAACCAACGGAGCCGGUUUCAGAGUCGAUGAAUUCACCCACCAUUGACGCCAAGACAGAGAAUAGUGUUGCGAAGGAGCCCCUUCUAGAGGAGGACCAUGAGGGACAUCUUAAGGUCAAUGCUGUAGCGAGGCAGUUGGGGGUGGACAUCACAGAAGUGCAGCUUGCCGAGGAGACGGUCGUUGCGGCGGAGAUGGCAAUGCAACGGAUUGCACAAAUGACGAUUGAGUAUGAUGAUUACAUACGCGAGACUGUGUUACUAGAGAAAGAUGAAGGUAUACUAUCAACUGACAUGGAAAAACUGGAAUGUCGCCCAGGUGCUUUAGAGAAUGCGUUGCUUAGCGUUGAUGAUGACACCAACGCGCCUCCAGCUAUUCUUGCGAAUACGUUCGGGAGGAGUGAUAGGGUUUACAUGGAAACUGCUGGAAAAGAUGGAGAUGAGUCGGGUUCUGUUUCGGUUGAAAUUCAUUCCGAAAAGAAGGAAGGCGGACAAGAAACGCCGACGGCAAGAGCGGCCAAAGAAUCUGAGAAUACAGACAAGGAAGUGCUUACGACACCCAAGAAGAGAAGGGCCAUGGGCUCACAGAAAAGCCUCGCUGCAAGUGAUGAGGGGCUUGACACAUUGGAUGAUUACCUCUUUGAGGACCCCAUCAACCCCGAGGAGUACGGGGGGGAAUUUGGUGGCUACAAUACAGGUGGGACCCCAGCAAGUGUCCCUGUGGUUCAAGAGGCGGGGAGUGAAUUUCCCAACCUGCCACUAAAAACGUCCACGCCUGAUGAGAAGCAAUGCGGGGAACCCUCCCUGUCAAGAGAAAAAUUGGAGGAGGUGGUUUACUUCACUCGGACCCUUAUCCCUACAGAGGCAGAUUUGCGCAAGCUGAACCUGGUGGAGGGACAUAAUCAGGUGCGUUACAUCACGCACAGUUCACUUCGUGGGGAGGUGGCUGUGGAUGCCAAUGUGUAUCUGUGGGAUAGCACAGAUCGCCUUGUCGUAAGUGAUGUGGACGGCACGAUUACUAAGAGUGACUUGUGGGGUCAUCUUAUGCCUCUGAUUGGCCGGGACUGGACGCAUCCCGGCAUCUGUUCCCUAUACAGUAAGAUUGAUCGGAAUGGGUACAAGUUUGUCUACCUCACUGCUCGAAGUGUUUCACAAGUGAGCAUGACGCGCAAUUUUCUUUGGAAGAUUGAGCAGGACGGGUUUCGUCUCCCAAAAGGCCCUGUGCUGACGGCUCCACAGCGUUUUUUCACCGCGUUGACACAGGAGGUGUCGAAGAAGUCACAUGUAUUCAAAAUUGCAUGCCUGAAAAGCGUCUUGGAUACAUUUCCUGCACAAAGUAAACCGUUUUACGCCGGUUUUGGUAACCGGUUUAAUGACGUGGUGAGCUACACUGCCACACAGAUACCACAGCACAAAAUCUUUAUUAUCGAUCCCAAUAGUGUGCUACAUGUGUACAACGUGAGGCAAACAUACAAGAAUCUUGCGCACCUUGUUGACGUGACAUUUCCGCCAAUUGUAAAGAGGAUUCAUCAUCAUCACCAUCAUCGUCAUCACACGCCACGGGAGACAUCUGAUAACCUGCAAUCGCCGGAUGCUUUUGCCGAUACUGAGGAUGGGAGUGAAAAUUCCACCGCCGCUGUUGUUGGUACAAGGAGGAUCGGGUCUCCGGGCCCUGCUUUUUUAGAUGUAAGCGAUUUGCAAUUGUUGUGCGAUGAUGAUGGAUCACAUUUAACUUCUUCUUCUCCAUUUGGCAUGCGGCCUCUCUCAGAAGGCAACGUUGGCAGGGGCCACGCAACGGCGUCCACCACGCCGCUUGAAAACCAUGCCGAUCUGAAUAUUGACCAGGAGUUUCACUCCUUUCUUUAUUGGCGUGUGCAGCCAGCUGAUCUUGUGGCUGAGAAAAAGGAGACAAAAGAAAAUGAGAAUGUUAGCAAAGAACCGAAGCAGCAUGGAAACCGGAAAGGCAGCAGAUGGUUGACAUUCAGUCUUGGCACAAGCAGCAACCAUAACAACAGCGACGGAUUAGAAGGAAAGAGUGAGGAUGAAUUAAAUACCCGCCAUGUUGUUGGAACGUCGGAGUCAACGGGUGCUCAGCACUCCGCACCCCAAACAGUGGCUGCUGCUGAAGACGUUGUUCCAAAGACAGGAGGGACGACGCAGGAUUCAUCCCGAUUGCCUGAAGGCAAUUCCACACAGGAAAGAUCUGAGAACGAUAAUGUUUAA